GCUGACGCGGGGCGCGGGCUGCCAACUUCGCGCGCGGAGCUGCCCGGCGGUGCGGUCCCGGCGGCGCGGGCGGCAUGAAGACCAGCCGCCGCGGCCGAGCGCUCCUGGCCGUGGCCCUGAACCUGCUGGCGCUGCUCUUCGCCACCACCGCCUUCCUCACCACGUACUGGUGCCAGGGCACGCAGCGGGUGCCCAAGCCCGGCUGUGGCCAGGGCGGGCGCGCCAACUGCCCCAACUCGGGCGCCAACGCCACGGCCAACGGCACCGCCGCCCCCGCCGUCCCCGCCGCCGCCGCCGCCGCCGCCGCGGGGAACGGCCCCCCUGGCGGCGCGCUCUACAGCUGGGAGACCGGCGACGACCGCUUCCUCUUCAGGAAUUUCCACACCGGCAUCUGGUACUCGUGCGAGGAGGAGCUCGGCGGGCUCGGUGAAACAUGUCGCAGCUUCAUUGACCUGGCCCCAGCGUCGGAGAAAGGGGUUCUGUGGCUGUCGGUGGUCUCCGAGGUGCUGUAUAUCCUCCUGCUGGUGGUCGGCUUCAGCCUCAUGUGUCUCGAGCUCUUCCAUUCCAGCAAUGUCAUCGACGGACUCAAGCUCAACGCCUUCGCGGCCGUCUUCACGGUGCUCUCAGGCCUCCUGGGAAUGGUGGCCCACAUGAUGUACACGCAGGUGUUCCAGGUCACCGUGAGCCUCGGCCCCGAAGACUGGAGACCCCAUUCCUGGGACUACGGGUGGUCCUUCUGCCUGGCGUGGGGCUCCUUUACCUGCUGCAUGGCAGCCUCUGUCACCACGCUCAACUCCUACACCAAGACGGUCAUUGAGUUCCGGCACAAGCGCAAGGUCUUUGAGCAGGGCUACCGAGAGGAGCCGACCUUCAUAGACCCUGAGGCCAUCAAGUACUUCCGGGAGAGGAUCGAGAAGGGGGAUGGAAGCGAGGAGGAGGACUUUCGCUUGGACUGCCGCCACGAGAGAUACCCCACCCGACACCAGCCACACAUGGGGGACUCCUGGCCCCGGGGCUCGGCACAGGAGGCACCGGAGCUGAGCCGCCAGUGCUGGGUGCUGGGGCACUGGGUGUGACCGAGAUCCCAGCCCAGUCCCUGGACCUCGGGCCGUCGCUGGCGCCACCCGCUGCGGCAAGACCACCAGUCUGGCCCCCCUGGAACCCUGGCCCGUGGGCCGUGAACUCAGCCAGCCUGUGUGGGAGACACCAGGCCCGUCCUGCCCACUGCCGCCCGGGUCCCAGGGCCCUGGAAAGGGACCACGUGGGCCUGAGGGAAGGGACAGGGCUGCACAGAGUGACUCUGGGACAGCGGCCACCGAUCCUUGCACCAACACACGCAGAGCCCUGCCGGGUGCGGCUGCAACGCCAGGAAAUACACGGACGCUGGCACCCGCAAGCCCGCGAGGACCCUAAGGAGGUGCCCAGAGGGGCAGAGCCCGCGGGAGACAGGGGGUCGGCUUCCUGAAGGAGGGGGCAGCUGGCACUGCAGGGGGUCAUGCAGCAGGCACACAGCAGGGGCUUAAUAAAUGCUUGCUGAACCUG